CCCAGAGAAACAUAGCGGGUUAUCGUCUUUUUCUGUCACUUUUUGUUGUUGAACCGCCGCAGACCAAACUCCCAGGACCCGAUAUGUCUCCAGAUUUCUGUGCUGAAUCAUCCGUGGAGGAGCGGAGUUCUCCUGAAAACACAGACUAAAAACAUCCCCGACGGAUCCAGGGACAUCUGAUUUAGAGCUAGUACUUUGAACAGGAUAUUUCAGCCAGCCCAGGUCGUGUUUUUAUGCGAGUGUGGACACCGAAACGAUGGCUUUCUUCGUGAAAAAGAAGAAAUUUAAGUUCCAGACCCAUUUAACCCUGGAGGAGCUGACUGCUGUGCCUUUUGUCAACGGAGUUUUGUUCUGCAAGCUGCGGCUGAUGGAUGGAGACUUUGUCGCUACUUCUUCAAGAGAGGAGGUUCACGAGAACUGUGUCCGCUGGAGGAAGAGGUUCACCUUCGUGUCAAAGAUGAGCGCCAACCCUCACACCGGCGUCCUGGAUCCUUCCGUCUGCAGGGUGUCAGUGAGGAAGGAACUCAAAGGAGGAAAAGCAUAUUCUAAGCUGGGCUUCACAGACCUCAACAUGGCCGAGUUUGCGGGUUCAGGCUCGACCGUACGCUGCUGUCUGCUGGAGGGCUACGACACCAAGAACACGCGGCAGGACAACUCCAUACUCAAGGUGAUCAUUGGGAUGACCCUUCUGUCUGGAGAUCCGUGUUUUAAAACACCUCCCAGCACGGCCAAGUCCAUCUCCAUCCCCGGACGGGAACACACCCUGCAGCUGGACUGUAAGGGGGAGGGGACGGCCGAGCCUGGACCUGGGCCCGCUGGAGGGGUUUCUCUGGGCCGAGUCGGCAAACAAAGACCCUCUAUCAUCAGCUCAGGUCUCCUCGAAGAAUCAGAAGUGAACCAGUCAGGGUCUGCAGAAAUCUUUCAGUCGGGUCACUCUCGUAACUCGAGCUACGCCAGUCAGCACAGCAAAAUCUCAGGCUACAGCACUGAGCACUCCUGCUCCUCCAGCCUGUCCGACCUCACCCACCGUAGGAACACCUCCACAGGUAGCAGCACCUCAGGUGGACUGGGCUUCACCACUGACACGCCGGCAGAUGGGGACAAGGACGCUGGACGUCCAGAGAGACCCCCAAGACCCCCAAGGCCUGUCCUACCCCCAAACAGGCCCCCCAGGAGGAAGCAGGACUCGGUGGAGAGUCACCCCUCCUGGGUGAACGACACCCGCAUAGACGCUGACGACAUCGUGGAAAAAAUCGUCCAAAGCCAGAACUUUGCAGACAUCAACAACACUGAAGACAGUAACCUGCGUCUGUUCGUCAGCAGAGACGGAACUACGGCGCUGAGUGGAAUCAGGCUCGGGAACAGGGUGUCUGCCGGCGGCUACGAGCCCGUGGUGAUCGAGAGCCACUAAACGGAGAGCAGAGGUCGACCCCGAGGACCGCCGCGUCUGCUGUCUCUGUAGUUUUCUUGGAGCUUCAGCUGGUCUGAUGCCAUGAGGAGAAAACCUCGUCAGUUUGCACUUUAUGUGAAGUUUGUGUCUGUCUGCACUCCGUUCACAUGUUCACCCCCUAACACUACGAAUUUAAGAGGAUCACGCUCCGAUUUUCCCUCCGUUUGAACAGCAAAAGGUCAAAGUUCAGAUGCUAAAACCAUCUGGACGAUCCUAGGAAGGUUUUCACAACGACCAGUACUUUGGCUCCCAGUUUUAAAAUGAUCCAGUCUCAUUUAAUCACCCAGAGAGGAUCCUUACAUUUAUGAGGAAAACCUCCAAAUUUACGUGUUUGAAAACUCACAAUAAUGAGAAAAAGCUUUUGAGUUUAAAACGUGGGUUCAUGAGAACCAAAACUUUUGAGAUUAUAUGGUUGAAAAAGACGUGACCGUUGAAAAUGCUUACAAGAAAGAAAAUCCUCUACAGACUUCUUACUAGGACUGAUCAAUAAGGAGAUCUUAAGCCCAGAAUAAUCACAAUAUCAGGAUCAGCUUUACAGGCCAAGUUUGCUUACACAACAAUGAAAUUUGACUCUGGUUAGCUUUGCUCUGUGUACAGGAACUAAACAUUAAAUAUAGAAAUAAAUAAAACUGAAAAAGUAUAAAAAUUCAGACUUAAAUUUGUAGAUGCUCUUGUAGGUAUGUGUGCAUUGAUAGUUUGGUUGUAAGAUGUGCAAAGAGUUUAAAUUAUCACCUGGACUUAAAGGAGGCAUUUCUGUAAACUGGGGUGAUCAAACCACUUAUUCAGUUUGAUUCCUUGUACAUUUUUUCCUGUUAAAACUAAAAAAAAUUGAGUCUGUAAAGUCAAAAUUUACAACUUUUUAAACUCAAAGAUUGUGAGGUUAUUGUCUUGUAAAGAAACAGCUUUAUAAUCUCAAAAAUUUUGAUUUUUUUCCUCAUAAAUGUUGGGGUUUUUUUUUACAGACCAUGUGUUAGUUUUUAGUCCUAACUCUCAUCUGUAGGAUUUCUUAGUCAUUUUUGUUCUUCUUCAUGAAAACGUUGAAACAGCUUUAGCUGUGAACGUCUCCACAAUGAAAGAACGUUAAAAUGAGUCAAAAACUGGAUCAUUGAAGCCCAAAUCUAACAGGCAGCACGUCAGCACUGGAUGAGUGAAGAGUCUAGCAGCUGUGAAGCUGCAAGAACUCCAUCGUUUUAGUCUUUUUGAAGUCGUUCCUCGUUGAUCGGGGAAACGUGGCUGAACCACUGAGUGCCUGUAGACGUUCUCUCCUAUGAGCCUAAAGCACCGAUGGCGUGCUGGUGACGGGGAGGAGGGAAGCGUCUCUGUAGUCGCCUUUUCUGGGAAUCCCACUAUUAAUCUCUGCGUUACUCACUACAGUGUGGCUCCGUCUUCAUGAAGGAUCACAUUCAGCAGAGAUUUUUCUAAUUUACAGUCAGAAAAGUGGAAACUGAACAAAAAUCAGCUGGGUCCUGUUUAUACUUUAAAUUUAACACUUGUCUGCCAUUCUGUUACCAAGCAGGAAUCCUCUACAGCAGUGAUACUCACCGCUGGCUCUGGAGCCACAUGUGGCUCUUUUGUGAUGAUUUAUGGCUCUUUCAUGUCUUAGUUAAAAAUUAUUCACCAGAAAACCUUAAAAAGGGAAACU